AUGCCCAAGAUUGUCACCAACCAACUCUUAUCUUUCCCUUUAGUUUCUCACUCUUUAUUGUCUUCUAACUAACAGCUUAUAAAGUUUGUUCUGAGGCAAUGCUAAUGAAAUCAAAUAGCUCAUCUCGCACCAGCUAUGGCAAUCAAGAACUCAUUUACCCAAUUUUUCCUCUUAACAUCGAUAUUAAUAUCUUAUGUCGAAUCCAUUGAUUUCAACUACCCUGCAGUUUUCAACUUCGGCGAUUCAAAUUCUGAUACUGGUGAUCUUGUGGCUUCAGGCCUCGAGGGGAUCUCCGAUCCAUAUGGACAGACUUACUUUAAGAAACCAUCAGGGAGAUACAGUGAUGGUCGUUUGAUAAUAGAUUUUCUCAUGGAUGAUAUGGACCUACCCUUUCUGAAUGCCUAUUUAGAAUCCAUUGGUGCACCUAUUUUCAGAAGAGGUUGCAAUUUUGCUACCGCAGGAUCAACUAUUCUUCCAGCUACUGCAACAUCAGUUAGUCCCUUCUCAUUUGGAGUUCAGGUGGCUCAGUUCCUCCGAUUCAAAGAUCGAGUACAAGAUAUAUCUAAAACUACAGGUAGGAAAUAUGACAAGUAUAUCCCAGCACAAGAUUCCUUUGAGAAGGCUCUUUACAUGUUUGAUAUAGGCCAGAAUGAUUUGGCAGGAGCAUUUUAUUCAAAGUCAUUUGAUCAAAUUCUAGCAUCAAUCCCAUACAUUUUGCAAGAAUUUGAAGCUGGCAUGAUGAAAUUGUAUGACGAGGGGGCAAGGUUCUUUUGGAUUCACAAUACUGGUCCCCUUGGGUGCCUGCCUCAGAACAUAGCCAAAUUUGGGACAGAUCGAUCAAAGCUAGAUGCGUUAGGGUGUGUGAGUGCACACAACCAAGCAGCUCAGCUCUUCAAUCUGCAACUACAUGCUCUGACCAAAAAGGUGCAGGGGCAAUAUCCAGAUACAAAUGUCACCUAUGUUGAUAUAUACUCAAUAAAGACUAAUCUUCUUUCAAACUAUUCUAGAUAUGGAUUUGAACAACCGAUCAUGGCUUGCUGUGGAUAUGGCGGUGCACCACUAAAUUACGACAGUAGGGUACCAUGUGGGCAAACGAAAGUCAUAACUGGCAACAAUGUUACUGCUAAAGGAUGCAGUGACAGCACAGAGUAUAUAAACUGGGAUGGAAUCCACUACACAGAAGCAGCAAACCAGUAUGUAGCAUCACAAAUACUCACUGGAAAAUAUUCUGAUCCACCUUUCUCUGACAAAAUGCCUUUUCUGUUAAAGCUCAAGUUCUAAAAUACACAAUAAUGUAUAUUACAUUAGGCCAAAACAGAGAAUAUAGUAUGUAAAAUCCAAUUCAUUAUUCCUGAAUAUAUGUUUCUAAAAUAUUUCUCUCUUAAAA